ACCAAAAUAACCGAAAUAAACCCGAAAUAACCGAAUACGAUAGAAAAUACGAACAUUUUUAGCUUUAGCCGAACCGACCUUAACCCGAAACCCGAAAACGAGACCCGAAUCCAUUAUGAUUUUACAGCUAAAGAGUUCUCAUUUCUUAACACUCAAAACCUCAGACUCGAAAAUUCAUUUCUCUCAAAUCCUCUGAAACCCUAAUUCCUCUCUCUCUCAAUUUUCUUCGUGGAAACAAAAAUGGCGGAAUGUCCGAUGGAUCUCAUCAACGAGUUGUUCCUCCGUCUCGCAGCAACUACGCUUGUACGUUGUCGCGCCGUCUCGAAGCCUUGCUUCUCUUUGAUCGACAGUCCCGAGUUCAUCUCAUCUCAUCUCCGUCGCAGACUCGAAACAGGACAACAUCUCAUGAUCUUACUCCGAGGACCUCGUCUUCUACGUACGGUGGAGCUCGACUCGCCUGAGAACGUCACCGACAUCCCUCAUCCUUUACAAGCCGGAGGUUUUACAGAGGUUUUUGGUUCCUUUAACGGUGUCAUCGGGUUAUGCAACUCUCCUGUUGACAUAGCGAUUUUUAAUCCUUCCACAAGGAAGAUUCAUCGGUUACCAAUUAAGCCACUUGAUUUCCCAGAACGUCACAUCACUCGUGAGUAUGUGUUUUACGGUUUGGGUUAUGAUUCUGUUAGCGAUGACUUUAAAGUUGUGAGGAUGCUUCAGUCUAAGCUUAAAGGAGGUAAAGAGAAUUUUGGUUACCCUGUUGAAAUCAAAGUUUUCAGCUUGAAGAAGAAUUCGUGGAAGAGAGUGUAUCUUAUGUUCGAGGUUCAGAUUCUUUUCAUUUACUUCUAUUACCAUCUCUUGCCUCGUCGUGGUUAUGGCGUGCUAGCUAACAAUCAUCUUCACUGGAUUUUGCCUCGAAGGCAAGGAAUCAUUGCCUUUAACACGAUAAUCAGAUUUGAUCUUGCCUCGGAUGACCUUGGAGUCCUCAGUUUCCCACAGGAUCUUUACACUGAGGAUGAUAUGGAUGUAGGUGUGUUAGAUGGUUGCGUUUGUUUGAUGUGUUACGACGAGUUUAGCCAUGUUGAUGUUUGGGUUUUGAAGGAGUAUGAAGAUGUAAAAUCUUGGACUAAGCUGUUUAGGGUGCCGAAACCAGAGAGUGUUGAAUCGGUUGACUUCAUGAGACCUCUGAUCUAUUCCAAGGACAGGAGCAAGAUUUUACUGGAGAUUAACAAUGCGAAGAAUCUCAUGUGGUUUGAUUUGGAGAGUAAGGAGCUUACAACUGUUGGAAUAAAGGCGUGUGAUAGUUCAUUUACUGCAGACAUCCUCGUGAGUAGCCUUGUUUUGGGAUGUAAAGGAGAUCCUACUGAAGCUCAGCGCAGGAAAGAUCAAAUGGUGCCGAAGAGUAACAAAAGGGAUGGUUUUCUGUCCAAGGGAUUCAAGCUGAAGCUAUGAGCAAAGCGGGGGGAAUUUCGGAGCCUAAACAUUAGAUCAAGGUACAGUAGCAGUAGCAGUAGCAGUCGCAGGGGGAAAGGAAAUGGCAAAAUCCUAAACCCAUAUGAGGUCUUCUUAGUACUAAUAAGCUUAACCUAUGUACGUAGUAUUUCGUACGGAAAUAUGGUGUUCUUCUAUAUGUAAUCGACUGGAGUCUAUAUGUAAACUCUCGAUCUCAAAUCCUCAAUCAAAAGUAAA